AUGCUCAUGGAGCCGAAGUACGAUGCGCAAAUGAGUCGGACACGGAAUCGUCCGCUCGUCCGGAAGCUCAUCAGCACAAGAGGUGCCGUAGUCUUUGCUAUUGCAUGCGGAGUAGCUGGUGUGGGCGGACUAUACUAUGGCGUCAACCCUACAACGGCCUUUCUAGGCGCAACGAACAUAUUCCUGUACGCGGGCAUAUAUACGCCCAUGAAGCGCAUGUCGGUGUUGAACACUUGGGUGGGUGCCAUAGUAGGCGGCAUACCACCUCUCAUGGGCUGGACAGCUGCGGCGAACCAAUACGCCCAUGACGGAACAUGGGAAGAACUGCUCUUUGGCGAGGGCUCAGCAGGUGGCUGGCUUUGUGCUGCUCUUCUGUUCGCAUGGCAAUUUCCUCACUUCAACUCAUUGAGCUGGUCUAUCCGCGAUGAGUACAAGAACGCCGGCUACCGUAUGCUUGCUUGGGUCAAUCCAGCACAGAACGGACGUGUGGCACUUCGCUACGCAAUCCUCAUGUUUCCGGUCUGUAUCGGUCUGUCUUACUGCGGUGUCACAGACUGGAGCUUUGUCGUGACAAGUAGCGCAAUCAAUGGAUGGAUGGCGCUCAAGGCGUGGCAUUUCUACAAGGCCGAGGGCCAGAAAGGCACGGCGAGAGGACUAUUUUGGGCUAGUGUGUGGCACCUGCCCAUCGUUAUGGUGCUGGCCAUGGCGCAGAAGAAGGGGCUGGGCGAGCGCUUGUACAGGAGUGUGUUUGGAUACUCGGAGAUUGACGAGGAAGAUCUUUAUUACGAUGGCGAAGAGGAAGAGACGCCCGACGAAGUGAUCGUGGUGAGACGGACAUCAUGA